AGCAAGGUUCAAAAGCGGAAAAAGAACAAGAAAUCAAUUAAAACAACGAUAAAAGAAGAAGAAUUAAGUGUCAAGUGGCUAUUUACUAUUUACUUAUAAUAAUAUGCCAACUUUACAAAUAUUCAAAAUAUUAAAAAUAAAAUAAUUUUCUGCGAUGGAUUCUGCUAAACUAGAGAUGUUUGAUGGUGGGGAAGGAACAGUACACGGCGAAAUGAAUAUACCCCAGCCUCCAAACAAUUCUCAGAUUGGUUUACCAGAUUUUAAUACAUUAAAUGAACCUAUUAAAGACACAAUUCUCAGAGACCUAAAAGCUGUUGGUGUAAAAUUUGCUCAUGUAUUAUUCCCAAAAGAGAAGAAGACUCUAUUAAAAGAAUGGGAUUUGUGGGGUCCUUUACUUCUUUGUACGUUUAUGGCAAUGUUUUUGCAAGGAUCUGCUACAACAACUAACCCACAUGACGGAGGACCAGAAUUUUCCCAAGUAUUUGUAAUCGUAUGGAUAGGUUCAGUAGUUGUAACUUUGAAUUCUAAAUUAUUAGGAGGAAAUAUAUCCUUCUUUCAGAGUGUUUGUGUCUUGGGAUAUUGUUUAUUGCCAACAGCUAUUGCUCUAAUGACUUGUCGUAUUAUUUUGUUGACCCGUCAAUCAACAUUAUUAUUUUUCUUGAGAUUAGUUGUAUCUAUGAUUGGAUUUAUGUGGGCAACGUAUGCUUCUAUGAUUUUUUUUGGGAGAUAGUCAGAAACCAAGAAGAAAGUUAUUAGCAGUGUAUCCAAUAGGACUCUUUUAUUUCAUUAUAUCAUGGUUAGUAAUAUCAAAAACAAAUUAAAAGUGAUUGUAAAAUUAA